AUGUUGACCGUUUCUGCGCGACUGUGAGGACUGGAGACACGCGUGACUAAUUUUUGGUUCUUUUUUCGAAGAAGCAAAUAUUUGGAAGCUGCUGAGGAUAUUAUUGGACAUUUUUUGAGAACCCUUCUGAGAGCUUUUGAUAUCACUUGGCACAUUUUUCCCCCUCCGGCUUCUUCCUCAUGUUUUCAACUUGAUUUUCUCAGUUUGUCAUAAAGACACAAUCUCUGCACCUGAUGCACUGGACUUAAAAAAAAAAAAAAAAUGGGGAUCAUAGCAUCAGUGAUUUAACCAAGAUGGACCUAUCGGAUGUGUUCACUCCCGUACUGGCCACUUCGCCGCCAAACUCCUCGCUGGAGAAUGUCAACCAGACGUCCUCCUCGUCCAGACCUCCUUCUCUACCUCCUCACUCGCAGGUGGCGUCGGUGUGCAUCGUGCUGGUGGUCACGGUCAUCAUCCUGGGGACCGUGGUGGGCAACGUGCUGGUCGUGGUGGCGGUGUUCACCAGCCGAGCACUGAGGGCGCCGCAGAACCUCUUCCUGGUGUCUCUGGCUUCGGCGGACAUCCUGGUGGCAACGCUGGUCAUCCCCUUCUCAUUGGCCAAUGAGGUCAUGGGUUACUGGUAUUUUGGUUCCACCUGGUGUUCCUUCUACCUGGCCCUGGAUGUCCUCUUCUGCACUUCAUCCAUCGUCCAUCUCUGCGCCAUCAGCCUCGACCGUUACUGGUCCGUCACGAAGGCGGUGAGCUACAACCGCAAGCGGACUCCCAAGCGGAUCAAGGCAAUGAUCAGCGUUGUGUGGCUCAUUUCCAUCGUCAUCUCCUCGCCGCCGCUCCUCAUGACCCAGAAAGAGACGAUGUCAGAAAGCGAGGACGGGAAUGACAGGCAGGUGUGUCUGCUCAACAACCAGACCUGGUACAUCCUCUCCUCCUGCCUGGUGUCCUUCUUUGCGCCGGGCAUCAUCAUGAUUCUUGUCUACUGCAAGAUCUACCGUGUCGCCAAGCAGCGGGCCUCCACCGUGUUUGUGGCGAAGAACGUGAUGGAGCGGCAGCCAUCGCAGUCCGAGACAUGCUUCGCUGGCCCCAAUAGGACUUUCCAAAGAAAGGGGGCCAGCUGCGGAAAGGCACAAUAUGAGUUAGAAAGCCCGAGGCCUCCAAUCAGAAAUAGCUCCUCCAAUAUUGACAGCAACAGCAGCAAUCACAAGCGAGGAGAGCUGGACGACAUAGACCUGGAGGAGAAGUUCUGCGAAGCUGACGCAAAAUCAUCCUCUUCGUUUACUUCCUCUCUCCGCUUCCCAAGGAGAGCUGCCAUGAAAGUGAAGACGGAGGAGGGAGCGGACGCUGACGGAACAACCAACAGGUUGAAACCUCCCCCUCCUCCUCCUUCCUGCGCCUCCAUAUCGUGGGCAUCGUCCGACCAGUGCUCCCACCACUUACUCCUCCCAUCUCCGGUGCCCAUGCGCAGCCGGCAGAUGUCUCUGUCCAAAAACAAAGUGGCACAAAUGAGGGAGAAGCGUUUCACAUUUGUCCUGGCAGUGGUGAUGGGCGUGUUCGUUCUCUGCUGGUUCCCGUUCUUCUUCACUUACAGCCUCCAAGCUGUCUGCAGAGAGAACUGCUCCAUCCCCGACACACUCUUCAACAUCUUCUUCUGGAUCGGUUACUGCAAUAGCUCCCUGAACCCCAUCAUAUACACUAUUUUUAACCGAGAUUUCCGGAGGGCCUUCAAGAAGAUUUUAUUCCACACUCAUAAACGGACAUAAGAUGAGAAUGUACACAUAUUCUGUGAGCGUCUUCGGGUUGCUCACAUAACUGUGCACACACAGUUUUAAUCCUGCUUUCCACUGUGCUGUCAUAUCGACAUUAAAGGGCUUGU